AUGUCAAUCCAGGCGUACUUGGACUCGACCUUUUCAUCAUUUGAAGAUUUGAAAGCAAAGGUCGAUGCCGAAUCGGCAAGGCUCAAAUCGGAGGAAACUGCUCUGGCAGGUUUGUUAGAUUCAGAACGUGCCACCGCUCGAGCCCAGGCGCAGGAGUCUGUAAGUGAGCUUAAGGCUUAUAUUAAACAACUUUCAAGUGAUAUAAAGGAUCAUAAGCCUCCUCCAGAAUUGCUGAAAAGCGCAUCCCUACCACCUGAUUUAUUACAGAAACUCAAUGGUGUCAAAUCACUACUACACGCAAAGAUAGUUGUGUCUCAGCUUAGGGAACUUCAAUCAGCAUCGAAUGAACUUAAACAGGUUUUGGCUGGCAAUAACGCUAAAUCAGUAGAGUCUGUUGGAGUUUUGGAACUAUACAAUAAAGUUGCAUGUUUAAUAGAAGAGUUGGAAGCAAAUGAGAGCAAACAUUUUCAACUUGACAAAUUAAAAUCGCCAGGCUCAGCUGAAUCUCAGAGUCCAAAACUAAAGGUCAUUGACAAGCUAGUAUCUCGAUCCUUUGCAUAUGUUAAUGAUAAUGUGCUUGAUGUGGUAGCCAAUGGCACAAAAGAUAAGUUGCGUACUUGUUUAGAAGAGCAUGGCUGGCCGAAUGAGGAUGCGUUUGGGUCCUCUAAUCCUGCUGCCGUUAUAGAAUUCCAAAACUUAUUUAUUAAUGUGCUGAAAACGGAAUAUCUGGGCAAAGCAAUUAAGUCGCACAAUAAUCCAUUACCCCCUGUAAUAUCAGCAUUCACACUGUUAGUAGAAGCUGAAGUAUUGCGUUUCAACUUCCACUUUGAGAGCGACAAGGCUACGAAUAGAGUAGACAAACCUGAGUGGAUGUUCAGCUGGGUUGCUAACACAAUUGAUAAUCAUAAGAAUUUCUUAAUGAAUAUACUACAACCAGCAUUGAUAUCAGUACCGAGGUUCCAUGAUAGAAUAGCUGUACAUGAAUUCAUUACAGCCCUACUUCCAGUGGUGUAUAACAAGCUUGCAAAUACCGUUCAGGAAUUAGCUAAAACAAUAAUUUCUAAUGAAGUUACAAGUAACUCGUAUUUGCUGUCUCAUCUGGUCCAUGAAAUAGUUUCUUUCGAUGAGUUGCUCAAAGAGAGGUAUUACUUCACCCCGUAUAAUCUUCCUAAUUGGAAUGGUUUGGCAGGCGACGUGUUAACUGAAGAAUGUUUCAAGGUAUGGCUAGAUACUGAGAAGAAAAUUGCAUUACAACGAUACCAAGAAAUAUUAGAUAUGCCGAAUAGCUGGGAGAUUGACUGGGAUAUUGGUGAAGGUACUAAACCAACAAUUUCUGCCAUCAAUAUCAAGGACUUAUUCGAAAGUGUCACUGAGCAGUAUAGCGCGCUGAGAAAAAUUCGGUAUCGUCUCCGGUUUCUUUUAGAAAUUCAAAUCCAUAUCCUGGAUAAGUUUUAUAUACGGCUCUCUGAAUCGAUUUCUGCUUUUGAAUCUAUGACGUCGUCUUUGUCUCGAGCGGUGGGUGGUGUCUCUGCCGAAGACAAAAAACUGGUUUCUGGAGUCGAUGGUUUGGAACGUUUGUGCAGAAUUUACGGAAGUCUAUCUUAUAUCAUAUCAGCAUUAGGAGAAUGGGGUGAAGACCUAUUUUUCCUUGAUCUUUGGGAGCAUGUCUCGAAAGUAUCAUCGAAAGACAGGCACAAAGACAGCCAUUCCAAUGAAAACCAAGAGACCUUGUUCGAUGAGACAAUUCAUUCAUACCUUGAGAAGAAACAAAAAGUUUACUCCAUUAUCUCAGGUCACGUUCGCAAGGAGUUACGACAGAGCUUACAAGAAUGUUAUCAGUACAGUGAAUGGACUUUUGAAGAUGAUAAUACUUCUGGAGACCGGUCCAUAACACCGAAGCUUGUUAGACCAAUACAGAGCCUUUCCACGCUGCUAACGUUUCUUCGCAGGUUUUUCUCUGCCAAUGAUUAUAGUCGGUUUAGCGGUCUCUAUGGCGCAGAGCUCUCGAGAUAUAUAUGGGAUAAUGUUAUCCAAGUGAACAGGUUUACUGUUACUGGUGCUAAUCAAUUGCAGAGAGAUGUAAACGAAAUGUGGACCGCUUGGUUGCUUCCAAGAGAUAAAUCACUUCGUAGAUUAGAAGAAGCCUGCAGCGUUCUGGUUGCUACCUCCAAGGAAACUCAAAGGAUAAUUUCUGAUGAAUCUACUGUAGAUAUUAAACAAAAACUAGGUUUAUCUGUUUUGACCCCGGCAGAUAUUAGAAGCAUUAUCCCUAGAAGAAAGCACUAA